AUGGCGCACAAGGUGGCAGUUGUGCCCAUCUUCGGGGUAGACCCCCCGUCCGAGCUUUUCCAGCUCUGCGAGCGCUGCUUCCGAGCAUUUACCGUGGCCAGAAUGGACAAGCCGUGGAUGAAUUCUGUCGAGUGGAAUAUCCUCGUUGAAUCAGAAAACCUCCCUCUUCCCGAUACUAAGUUCCGUCCCCUCAUCGAAUUCGCCAAAUACGAAGAGAAAUUCGACCGAAUCGCUGCGGCCGGAAAUUCUUCUCAAAAACUGAAAAAGAUAAUCCGCCACGCAUUGACCUUGCAGUGGAAUUCUACGGACAUCCUUUCUCCGGUCAAAAAACGAACCUCGCUGGGCGGAAAUGGUCUUCAGCGAGCCAAAGUCAUUGUUCUUGCUGGAACCAUUGCCAAGGAAGAUUUUGAUGCGAAAUUGAUCACGGAUUCGGUUUUGAAAUGGGCCCUGAAUACAGAAAUACGGAUCGUUCAUUUAGCCGACGAGAGGGUUUUUAAAAACAUUGAGUUUCUCGAUAGCAAGCAAGAAAUAACGCGUUUCUCCGAUCUAGUUGGAAUCAGUCUCGCAGAAAUGGUCUACGAAAAGCGCAUUCUAGCGACGCCGGAGGGAGUUUCAGAGACAACAAUGAAGUUCAUGGAUCAAGAAUACAAAAUCAAAGUCACAGCUAGGGAGAAAAUCAAACUAGUGGAGAUCCGUGCUGAAUUGACAAGCAACUCUUUCGUCAGCAUCCUUUCGCAGCUGCUCGGAGAGCGGCCUUUUCAGGGCACUUGCUCGGCUAAUGUCAAUAAAGAUCUUCUACCGCUUGUUGGGAAAAUGUUCAUUGUCCGGCUGAACGAAGAACGUGUCGCGGUUGCUUCUGUUUCUCGCCCGAUCCUAUCCAAGAUCGUUUUCCAGUUCAGAAAGACAAAGGAGAAUUUCAAGCUGCCAAUUCUCAACAACAAAACGCCCAUUGAAAAUUCCUAUCCAGGCCAUAUCCUAUCUGCCCCAGCUAAAGCCACUGUGGACAUGACUCGCUUCGACUUCAGUUACCUUAAAACCGCCGCGGACAAUAGCGGCAAAGGGCUUUCUCUUCUCCAGCGAAAGAUCGAAGAAAUGACCAAAUUCACCAAAAAAGAAGGAGUCGACCAUGACAACAUUUUACCCCGAAAACUGCGUGUCAGAUCAACGCCUACCAAAACGCCGAUGAAAUGUACCCCAACAUCAAGUGUUCCAAGCACGCCUCGGCAAAAUUCUAGCACCAGGGGAGCGACCCCACAGACGCCGCAAAACGAAAACCGGGAACUUAAACGGCUCUGCCGAUAUUUUCCUGAUUCUAUUUCUUCUUUGGAGGAUCAAAUCAAAAACGCGAUGAAAUAUUCUUGCUACGUUACUGUUUGCAAAUUGUGCACGAAUUUCUUGAGCAAAAACGCGCAAAUCGGACUCAAAGAAAUGCGAAAAACGAAAGAUGAAAUCUUUGACGGGAAAAAUGAAAACAUAACGCGUCUCUGCAAACUUCAAUUUUUAUUCUACCUCUUGGAUAAAAACACAAACGAAGGUGAACUCCGUGAGCUGGGGACGCUUAUGCGCUGGUUUACUUUUUCAAGCUCGCCUGCUGAUCUCAACGCGUUUUUCGAGGAGACGAUUAUUCCACUUUGGAUUGAGAAAAACGAUAAGGAGAUGAUUCAAAAACUGCUAGAUGUAUAUAAUGAUCUGAUGCUAAAUGUUCCAAAAGUUCUUGUCAAAUACCUCCCCGCUAAUUCCGACUCCGAUUCAAGCUCCAAUGAAGAAGAGGAUGAAGAUGCCAUUACAGUCGAGCCUUCCAGUGUCUCAACAAGUUCUGUCAUCAGCUUCUCUUCGAGCGUGUUUUCGAAUAAUUCCCGAGCGGUAGAAUCUUCAACCCAAAUGUUCUCUCGGAAGCUCUCGAGCUCAAACCAAAACCGGAUGAUCCAAAUCAGAAACAUGAGCGAACCACUGAGAAAAAGUCACAGAAGAGAAUCAAAAGCAAGAAAGGACCCGUCGCCAUUAGCGAACAAAUUAGGGCCUCGCAAAUCCGAUAGAGCGAAACGCGCACUGUUCAUGGCUUCACCAGAUCCAAAAGCAGCCCAGAGAGUUCAAAAUUCAACAAAUUCAUCAAGAGUUCAAAGUCAACCACAGCCAUCAUCAUCAUCGUCGAAUGUUCACCGCACGCCCGGAAAAAGCUUACCCAAGCCCAAAGUCCUCCACACUAGAAGCGCCAAAGACACUCCUCUCAAAGCUCAAGAAAUUGGAACGCGUUCGUCGAGGUCCAAGUUCCGUUCUCUGAGAAGAGAAAGGAAAAGAAAAGUUUCAACCUCAGACGUCGUCAAUCAAGUCGAAGAAUCGCCGAUGAAAAAUUCGGACUACACUCCAAAAGCAGGGCCUAUUCGCAAGCUUCUCAAAGAAGACGACCAGCUCAACAGAUCGGCUUUGAAUUCGACGGCCGACUUGUUAUCCCCUCGCGAUGGCAAAUUAGCCCACUCGUUGCUCUUUGGUGGUGAUAAAUCAGAAGCAAGCUCGUCGGAUGAUGAAGUUAUCUCAAGCAGAUCAGCUGUUUCUGAAAAGAUUCCCCCAGCGAGAUUCACUUUUACUUCACCUAUCCGAGCAGGCAACGAAAACGAGCUCCUCUCGCCUUCAAAAAGAUCACAUCGGCGGAAAAUGACAGCCGAAGUGGGGCCCUCGCCCCUGAGUAAAAACGACGAUUUGUUGAACAAAUCCUUUGAUGAUCUCAAAUCUGGCGAAAUGGUCGGCCAAAGAGCGGUGGUUCAGGAUGCGAACUCCAGUGUUAGGAUGAAGAAGUUUCCAGGCGUGAAAACAGCUAGACGCAAACUUCGCCUCUCCGAAUCAGAAAAAUAA